UUGGCGCCCGCCGGGGGGGCGGGGGGCGGCCCCGGCCCCUCAGGUCUCGCACCGGGGGGUCCCCGCCGUGCUGCGGGCCCGGCGGGGGAAGCGGCGGGAGCGGGGGAGGGGGCGAACGGGCCGCGGAACCGCGGGCGGAACGCGGGAGCGGGGGGAGGGAGCGCGCCGGGCAGGGACCGGCCGGAAGUGGCGUACCGGAAGUAGCCGGAGGGCGCGGGACCGGCGCGCCGGAAGUGGCCGCGGCCGCGUGGUGGAGGGGGCGACGGCGGCGAGAUGGGGCGGCCCAGCAAAAGCAAGCACCAGAAGCAGGAGCGGGAGGCGGCGCGGCAGCGGGCGCAGCAGGCGUUCGGCACCGUCCCCCACUCCUUCGUCUUCCCCCGCGGCCGCGUCGGCCGCAACGUGCGGCAGCUCCUCACCGACGUCCGCAAGGUGAUGGAGCCCUACACCGCCCGGGCCCUCAAGGUGCGGAAAAACAAUUCCCUGAAGGAUUUCGUGGCGGUGGCUGGACCCCUGGGGGUGACGCAUUUCUUGGUCUUCAGUAAAUCCCCUCCUCCCAGCAUCAAUUUUAAGCUUUUCCGGCUGCCUGGUGGCCCCACGCUGACGUUCAAGGUGAUGCAGUACUCCCUGAUCAAGGACGUGGUCUCGUCCCUCAAGCGGCACCGCAUGCACGAGCAGCAGUUCACCCAUCCCCCGCUGCUGGUCCUCAGCAACUUCGGUCUCCAACAAAUCCAGCUCAAGCUGAUGGCCACUAUGUUCCAGAACAUGUUCCCCUCCAUCAAUGUCCACAGGGUCAACCUCAACACCAUCAAGCGGUGUUUGCUCAUCAGCUACGACGCGGAGAUGGAGCUCCUCAAUUUCAGGCAUUACAGCGUGAAGGUCGUGCCUGUGGGCGUCAGCAAAGGCCUGAAGAAGCUGCUGCAGGAGAAGUUCCCCAACAUGAGCCGCCUGGAAGACAUCAGCGAGCUGCUGGUGAAGGACAUCAACCUGUCGGAGAGCGAGGCCGAGCAGGAUGGGACCCACAACGUCCUGGAGCUGCCGCAGGCGUACGCCGGCCGAGGCAACAUGAAGGCGCAGCAGAGCGCCGUGCGCCUCACCGAGAUCGGACCCCGCAUGACUCUGCAGCUGGUCAAGGUGGAGGAGGGCCUGGCGCAGGGCAACGUGCUCUACCACAGCUUCGUCCAUAAGACGGAGUCGGAGGUGAAGGAGAUCCUGGCGCGGAAGGAGGCGAAGCUGCAGCUGAAGGCGGAGCGGCGGCGGAAGCAGGAGGGGGACGUGGAGCGCAAGCGGCGGCAGCGCGAGGCGCACAGGGAGAAGAGCCUGGCGGGGAUCCGGAGGAAACGGCAGCAGGAGGGCGACAGCGAUGCUGAGGACCCCGGCGCGCCGGAGCAGCAGGAUGCGGCCGAGCAGUCGGAGGAGAGCGAUGCUGAGUAUUACCGGCAGGAGGUGGGCGAGGAGCCGGACAAAGAUCUGUUCCCCGACCGCACCAAGAGGAAGCGAAACUCCUCGGGCGCUUCCCGGCCGAGGAAACGGCGCCGGCGACACAACCAGGAAGAGCAUCCUGCCAGCCCCAGCCCCCACCCCACGGCGCUGGGGAAGCGACGGAAGGGAGGCUCAGCACCAGGGAAGCAGCGGAAGGAAGACUCGGCACCGGGGAAGCGGCGGAAGGGAAACCCGGCGCCAGGGAAGCAGCAGCGGGGAGACUCGGCACCGGGGAAGCGGCGGAAGGGAAACCCGGCGCCAGGGGAAGCAGCAGCGGGGAGACUCGGCACCGGGGAAGCGGCGGGAAGGGAGACUCAGCACCAAGGAAGCGGUGGAAGGGGAACCCCACGCCAGGGAAGCAGCAGCAGGGAGACUCAGCACCAAAAGACUUGCGGCACCACGGCAGGGCCCGGCCGCGGGUGGCUGGCCGAAAGCCGCACCGCGGAGCAAAGCACCCAGCAGCCCGGGAGGGCACCGGUCCCAGCUCUGGCCGCGCUUCCUCAAAGCCAAAAGGACGAGGGGAAGCUGCUGACCAAGGGGGAGAAAACGAUUUUCCAGCGGCCCGGCCGUGCCAGGAAGGGGAAACAUAGUGAGCAGCCACUGCGCUCCGCACCGCGAACCUCCCCCAAAACACCCCCCCCAAAAAAACAAACAACAAAAAAGCCCCAAAGCAACAACCUUGGGGGACUCCAGGAGGAACCCCCCGAGAUGACUGCCCACCUUGGCCCCUGCGGGAACUUCAGCAGCUUCCAGGAAUCGGUGUGGUCGGUGCUGGUGGUGCAAUUCUUGCUGGCGCUGGCGGGGAACGGCGCGGCCGUCUACCAUUUCGUCAGCCGCCGGCGAUCCUGGCACAGCGGCGUUGUCUACUCCUUCCACCUGGCCCUCAGCGGGCUGCUCUACUCCCUCACGCUCCCGUUCCUGGCGGCGUAUUACUACCCGCCCAAGGACUGGCGCUACGGAGCGGUGCUGUGCAAGCUGGAGCGUUUCCUUUUUCAUUGCAACCUCUACGGCAGCAUUUUCUUCGUCGCCUGCAUCAGCCUCAACCGGUACCUCGGCAUCGUUCACCCGCUGCGGGUCCACGGGCGGCUGCGGCCGCGCCACGCCAAGGCGCUGAGCGCCGGCGUUUGGGUGCUGGCCGGGGUGCUCUCAGCACCCACGUUGUAUUUUGCGGAGCUGGAAGAAGCGGAAGGCGUGAGGAAGUGUUUGGGGAGCGCAGCCCUGUGGCGGCUGCGGUGGUUUUAUCCCUACAGCCUGCUGCUGGCGGCGCUGGGCUGCGCGCUGCCCUUCCUGCUCACCGCCUUCUGCCACGCUGCCGUUCUCCGCACCGUUCUGCACAAUCCUCACCUCAGUCAGGUGGAAAAACGGAAAGUGGGCCUGCUGGUGGGGGCGGGAGUGGCUCUCUACGCUUUUUCCUACCUGCCUUACCAUGUUUUUCGUAACCUCAACCUGUGGCGUCGCCUGUUACCGCCGGCAGCGGAAAACUGCGCCGUUUCCAGCGCCAUCCACGCCACCGCUCAGGUCUGCAAGAUCCUGGUGAACCUCAACGUGUGCCUGCACCCGCUGCUCUACGCGGCGCUGGCCGACACGCUGCAGAGCUGCUGCAGCACCGGCGGCACCGACGAGGAGCGAGCCGAGCACGUGGAGCUGCGGCCGGCAGCACCGCAGCCCCCCCCGGGGUCCCCGAGGCAGCUGGUGCAGCCGGUGGAUGGUUUGUAGGAAGCGUUUCCUUCCCGGAAAGGGUGGUUUGUAGGAAGCGUUUCCUUCCCGGAAAGGGUGGUUUGUAGGAAGCGUUUCCUUCCCGGAAAGGGUGGCAGGAAUGUGGGAAAAGCAGGAUUAAAGGCAAAACCGUGAGCA